AUGGAGGUUCCUUUAGCUAAGAAAAUGAAGAGCGAAAAUGCUACUCACGUUGGAGGCGAGGAGAACCCUUCACUUGAUAGCUUUCGCAUCUGCGAUGAAACCAAGAAGAAUCUUAAGGCCCGAGGUAUUCACACUCUCUUUCCUAUCCAAGCUAUGACAUUUGACAAAAUUAUGGAUGGGAAUGACAUCAUGGGUCGCGCACGCACGGGUAUGGGAAAAACACUGGCUUUUGCUCUGCCUGUUAUUGAGCUUUUGCUAAAGGAUAAGCGCCCGCGUGCUCGUGGCCGUGCUCCUCGUGUCAUUUGUAUGGCUCCCACUCGCGAGCUGGCUAAACAAGUGGCUUCGGAGUUUGAACUUACGGGACCAUCACUCAGUACGGUGUGCAUUUACGGUGGUGCCUCGUACCAGUCACAGAACAACGCAUUUCGAAGCGGUGUAGAUAUUUUAGUGGGUACAACUGGUCGUGUGAUUGACCACAUUGACCGUGGUAACUUGCGUUUGCACAAUUGCGAGUUCCUCAUACUUGAUGAAGCUGACACUAUGCUAGAAAUGGGGUUUCGUGAGGACGUGCAGAAGGUCUUCACUGCUAUGGAAAUGGUACAGAACGAGAGGACAGGCAAGCGUCAGAUGCUUUUGUUCUCUGCAACGAUUCCAAGGUGGGUGAAAGAUGUGGCUGACAAGUACAUGAAAAAAGCCGAGUACGUGAAUCUUGUCAAAGACUCGGAUGAUCAGGCAUCCACAGAUGUACAACAUAUUGCCAUUCCAUGUCAUUGGCAAGGACGCCCGACAUUGCUCGCAAACUUGCUUGGUGUCUACGCCAAAAAGGACUCACGCACAAUAAUCUUUGCUGAAACAAAAAAAGAUUGUAAUGAGCUUGCAGUGCAUCCCGAGAUCAAGACGGAGUGCCAAGUGCUGCAUGGUGACAUUGCUCAAGAGCAGCGCGAAACAACCAUGAAAGCGUUUCGCGAGGGUCAGGGUCUAAUCUACUCAUUUCCCGUGAAGUGCACGGGUAAUGGAGUAUAUGAAGUAAUUAAUGGACUACCGAUCUCGUCGCGAGUUGCUGCAAUGAUGAAAGCCACUGCCGAGGAACUGCUGGAGGAGAAGGCGGACGCUACGGAAAUUUUGGGGCGCCAUAUGACGUCUUCGCAGCAAGCUGAAAGCCGCUUAGUUUGGGAGGUAGCGGUAGAAGGCGCCGAAAGUAUGAGUGCAAAACAGCUGACGAUGUGUCUCCGAGCGCUCGGUUUCCAUAUCACAAAGCUUGAAGCCCAGGCGCUUGUGUAUGAAUUUGACUUCAUGAAUUCGAGCACUAUCGAGCUCGGAGAUUUUCAGAAAAUCUUUCUUGCGAAGACACUAGAAAGUAGCGAACGCGACAAGUUUGAGCAAGCGUUCAGCGCCCUGGCAGGUGAGAGUGCAAGCAUGAUUUCGAUGAAUCAGCUUGAAGCAGCCUCCAAUAUUAUUCACACGAACUGCAACAUCGACAAAAGAUGUUUUGACAAUAAUCUGCUGGACAUUAAUGUAAUUCGGCAUCAAAUGGCGUUACAAGACUUCGACAAAGAUAACGAGGCUGUCAAGCUUUUUCUUGAUGCGACCGCUUCAAGUGUUUCUAAAGAAGCUCUGGCCGCUUUUCUAAGGUUGCAAUAG